GGCAGCUCCCGAGCCCCGGCCACCCCCGCAGCCGCCCCCCGCGGCCCCGCCAGCCCCAGGGAACAAAAGCGGAACUCUGUCGCCCGCUCCUGCAGCCGGAGGAUGAGUCGAGAGGGCUGAGCGCAGAGUGUGGUGCUGCUCAGCGGCUGGAAGCUCCUGUUCUGAAUCUUGACAUCAGAAAGCACCAAACUCUUGGAGAAUCUAUAGAACAGCAAAACAGCCAACUGAAGAAUCAGCAACAACAACGACAACAACAAAACAGUGGAGAAGGACAUAGAGUUAUCUAUGUUUACUUACCCAGCUAUGUCCUUGGAUUUUCUCGAUGACGAUUCCUGAUUCGUGGCCCUGGCAGUCUUGGGGAAACGUUGUCGAGUUUCUUCAAUCCAGACCUUGGGGCCUCCUUUUUCUCCACAUCACUCCCAACCAGUUGAUCGAACCACUUUCUAGGACAUAUCAUCCAGCAAGACAUGGUGGUGAACCCUGGCUCUAAGUCUUCAUGAUUAAGCGACUCUUUUGCACAACACAAAGAGCUCGGAAGGAGUGAAUGAGAUGUGCAGCUUGGAGCGUUGUUUCUGAAGGGAGGAGUCAUUCUCUUGGAGAGGAGUCCUCCAUGAGCCUGGCCGAGGCCCGGGAUCUGUGUGAAGUGGACUAAGGAUUUAGUAGGAUGUCAACUGAGACAGAACUUCAAGUAGCUGUGAAAACCAGCGCCAAGAAAGACUCCAGAAAGAAAGGUCAGGAUCGCAGUGAAGCCACUUUGAUAAAGAGGUUUAAAGGUGAAGGGGUCCGGUACAAGGCCAAACUGAUCGGGAUUGAUGAGGUUUCUGCAGCUCGGGGCGACAAGUUAUGUCAAGAUUCCAUGAUGAAACUCAAGGGCGUUGUUGCUGGCGCGCGUUCCAAAGGAGAACACAAACAGAAAAUCUUUUUAACCAUCUCCUUUGGAGGUAUCAAAAUCUUUGAUGAGAAGACAGGGGCCCUUCAGCAUCAUCAUGCUGUUCACGAAAUUUCCUACAUUGCAAAGGACAUCACAGAUCACCGGGCCUUUGGAUACGUUUGUGGGAAGGAAGGGAAUCACAGAUUUGUUGCCAUAAAAACAGCCCAGGCGGCUGAACCUGUUAUUCUGGACUUGAGAGAUCUCUUUCAACUCAUUUAUGAAUUGAAGCAAAGAGAAGAAUUGGAAAAAAAGGCACAAAAGGAUAAGCAGUGUGAACAAGCUGUGUAUCAGACAAUUUUGGAAGAGGAUGUUGAAGAUCCUGUAUACCAGUACAUUGUGUUUGAGGCUGGACACGAGCCAAUCCGUGAUCCCGAAACAGAAGAAAACAUUUAUCAGGUUCCCACCAGCCAAAAGAAGGAAGGUGUUUAUGAUGUGCCAAAAAGUCAACCUGUAAGUAACGGUCAACCAUUUGAGGAUUUUGAAGAACGGUUUGCUGCAGCCACCCCGAACAGAAACCUGCCGAUGGACUUUGAUGAGAUUUUAGAGGCAACAAAGGCUGUGACCCAAUUAGAACUUUUUGGGGAUAUGUCGACCCCUCCUGAUAUAACCUCUCCCCCCACUCCUGCAACUCCAGGUGAUGCCUUUAUCCCGUCUUCAUCUCAGACACUUCCGGCGAGUGCAGACAUGUUUAGUUCUGUACCUUUCGGCACUGCUGCUGUACCCUCAGGUUAUGUUGCAAUGGGCGCCGUCCUCCCAUCCUUCUGGGGCCAGCAGCCCCUCGUCCAACAGCAGAUCGCCAUGGGUGCUCAGCCACCAGUCGCUCAGGUGAUGCCGGGGGCUCAGCCCAUCGCAUGGGGCCAGCCGGGUCUCUUCCCUGCCACUCAGCAGCCCUGGCCAACUGUAGCCGGGCAGUUUCCGCCAGCCGCCUUCAUGCCCACACAAACUGUUAUGCCUUUGCCAGCCGCCAUGUUCCAAGGUCCCCUCACCCCCCUUGCAACUGUCCCAACCACGGGUGACUCCACCAGGUCAAGUCCACAGACCGAGAAGCCCAGACAGAAAAUGGGGAAAGAAAUGUUUAAGGAUUUCCAGAUGGCCCAGCCGCCACCCGUGCCCUCCCGCAAACCCGACCAACCCUCCCUCACCUGUACCUCAGAGGCCUUCUCCAGUUACUUCAACAAAGUCGGGGUGGCACAGGAUACAGAUGACUGUGAUGACUUUGACAUCUCCCAGUUGAAUUUGACCCCUGUGACUUCUACCACACCAUCAACCAACUCACCUCCAACCCCAGCCCCUCGACAGAGCUCUCCAUCCAAAUCAUCUGCAUCCCAUGCCAGCGAUCCCACCACAGAUGACAUCUUCGAGGAGGGCUUUGAAAGUCCCAGCAAAAGCGAAGAGCAAGAAGCUGAGCUGGAGCCUCUCUAUGCGCAGAUCAACAGACCUAAGAAGUAGCAUCGAGGUGAGCUCACGGCAGGUGCUUCAAGACUGGCAUGGAAAUCAGCAUCAGGACAGGCUCUCUCUUGUAUUCUUCUGCCUCACCUCAUCCCACGACGAAAUUCACGAUUGCCCAAUGGAACUCAUUUGGAAGAGGAAACUAAGGGUUUUUGGCAACCAUGGCAGAUAACUAUGGCAGCACAAAAAAAAAAUCAAAAAAGUAUAAAAAAUCAUACCCAACAUUAAAUCACAAACCAAGCAAAUGCUUACCCGACAAAUGUUUUGAGCUCUCUUAACAUGGGUUUAAGAUGACCCAGUUUGCAAAAUCGUAAUUCUCUUUUAUUUUUCGACCUGUUGACCACUGUAAAGACAUCAAAUGUGGAGUGACAGGCCUCAGAGAGUGACAACAGGGUUGGCGCUGACUUCUUUCAGACAAAAGCAUGAGGUCCUCUGUGACUACAGUGUCCUCAUCCAUAUGCCUUUUGACAUAUGACGACAUCUUCUCAUCACUCCACAGGGCCUGGUCUGCCAUUUUCCCCCUUUCCUUUGUCAUGUUUGAAAAUUAAUGGGUGUAAAAAUUUUUGUAUUGCUUUUGACUUUUUUUCGAUAUGGGUGAGGAAAUCUAACUGGAAAAGAAAAGCCUCAUAUGAAAUGAAUUAACUUGAAAAUCACAAGGCAAAUAAGUGGUUGAUUAUUCUUUAUGAUCAAGAAUGUUGCCAAAACAAUCCUUUAACUAUUCUGCAUCAUGGCAAAUAAAAAGACAGCUUUUGGUUGGAACCUUCAUUCUGUGAGUUGGAAAGGACAUCGGAUCCCAUUGAUGAGAAAGAUGAAAAAUGCAUCUGAUUUUCUCAGAAGCUCUAAACUCUAAGUACAAUAAAAUGAUAUUUUUUAUUUUUCCGAUAUCUUGCUGCUGUGAUGCUAUGCAGACAAGUGUCUUCUCCACGUGCCAUUUUCAAAGAAAAGUCAUUUGCCAAAUAAUUCUGGUACAAUCCUGGGAAUGUGGUUUUGGAUCUUAAAACCGACUUUCUAGUGGAACAGUGGUGACAUGGAUAUUCGGAAUAGCAAAUGGAUUCCAGGAUCACAAUGGUUCAUCUCUCUUUUUGUACAUCAGAAAAUUCAAAUGGGAUUUUUAUUUUAUAACUUGAAAAAAAAAACCUUACCAUUAAACUCUUUAAAUAUUUAAGGGAAAUGGCUUUAAGGAGUUCUAAUGAAAAAAAAAAUGCCAGUUUUUUUUUGUAAAUAUAAAUGUUAAUGAAAAUGCUUUUUAAUAAUGCCAUUACACUGUAGAGAAGGUAGCAGAUUGAGUGCAGGAUGUGACAAACUUGAUGGAUGGGGCUCCCUCUCCAGAUGUUACUGUGGAGCAUAUGGGAGGAAGCUGGAGUUUAGGGACAGCUGGCAGGAACACUUGGCCAAUCGGCAGCUAGUGAACAGGAAGGGGGGCUCGUAACCCCACAGUCUACUCCAACCUUUCUGCAAGAGUAUCCACCAUCAACGGCAAACAGGAAAACGUUCACAUUUUGAAGGCCUGUCCUUCAGAUUCUGAAAUGCCCUCUCCCCCCCACACACACCUCUUCACUAUCACCAACCCCCAUAGAGAUCACUGGACUGUUUGUAUGUGAAACAGAAGAGUUUAAGCUUCCUUUUUUUACAUUUAUGAGACAAAAAAGUGCAGUGUUCAGUUCGUAUGUUUAGCACAUGAUUUUCAUAAAGAAUCUAUAUAUUUUUGCCCUACAGAGAAUUGUUCUACAGGUCAAGUGUGUUCUCCGGAUGUUCCUAUGCAGUUCCAGUAUGUUGAAUUUAGUGGUUUAACACUAAGGAGAAAACUUGAGAGGACCGUGUGAUUAACUGGGUUUGGGGUUAACUGUUAUUACUUGGGUUUUAAAAUUUGGAAAGUAGAAUUGACAUUGAUAUGAUUGAUUUAAAUAGGCCUGUGUACUGUGCUUCGUCAUAUCAAUAGAAAGUAAAGUGGUUUGAAAGAAGGUAUACUUGUUCACAAAGAAAAAAAAUCAAAAUUCAAGGUAAUCAUUACUGCUCGAGGCCCAAAUUUUACACUAUCGGGUCACUGGAACGUGAUUUUUUUUCCCAGUUAGGUAAACUGACCAAAUGUCCUUACAGAAUAUAUGUCGAUGUCAUCCUAACAUGGAAGGUCCAAAGAACCAGGAAAGUGAGAAGGGCCAUUUACCCCCCUCUGUAACUAUCACCUGUUGGUCCACAUGAUUUCUCCAGGAAUGUGCAUCCAUUUUAUAAUUAAGUCAUCCUUUCACCUGAAUGGGGAAAAUGGGAAAGAUGUGAUGACCGUGAGAGUCGUCCUGAAACUGGUUCGAUUCUGUUUUCUGGGGAUUUGAUACGAUAGGCAGUUCCCCUGGGGGACAUGGCUUCAGUUGCUCUGUUGUCCGAGAUUCUGAUUCUAAACAAGUGGUGCUAAAUCUCCUCCCUCACUAUGGCUGUCUUGAGUUUGUCUCUCAGUUAUCACACCAUUAUACCGAUUCUUUGGGUUGCUUGUGACAUGUUCAAAGUGAACGCUGACCGAUGUUGCUGUUUCGGGUACACCGUCUGGAGUUAAUUUCAUAGGAGAAAGUGACAGCCCAGUGGACUUGUCAUCAUUCAUUGAAUGUGAUUGAAAGUGUUACUGGCUCUGAACCUAACAAAGAUGCCUGUGUGAUGCAUUAAAGUGAGGGAAAUAAAGUCAAGAUUUUAAACUGCCAUCCAUGUUAUCUUUGGCAGAAUUCUGAUCCUUAACAAGCCCUGUUUGGUGAGCUCAGAACCACCACAUCCUAUCCCAAGAGUACAGUGGAAUUUCCAAGUAAGAGCCGGGGAGCCAAUACCAAAAGGCCAUGGGGAGUCUGCCCAGUUCCGGUUAGAUCGAUAGAAAAUACGUGUGUAACAACUGUUAAUUCCUCAUCCUUCACUAGCACUAAAUUUGUCACUUUAAAUUUUGAAACCAGGGAAACGCCACCUGUCAUUCUGUCCCCAUGACCCGUAGCUCUUCGAUCUUUCCAUGCCACAAGACUUUUUUUAUAAUCCGUACUCAUCCCAGUGUCUACUGAAACCCCAUCAUGUCAUGUACCGGGCACCUUCUUUAAAAAAAAAAAAAAUGUUUACUCUGUGGGUUUGGUUCAUUUCAAUUUCUGCGUUCUGACACAUAUUUUUUUAAUAAAGAUGAGAAAGAGAAAA